AUGGCCUUACUUUCCUCACCGUUCGCCUUGAUUCAGUCGACACCGCCUGUGACCAAGGCAUACACGGGCGCGAUCAUCAUCUCCUCGGCGGUUUAUGGAUGGUGCUGGUGGAGAGGGCUAGCGUCGGAUGCAGCCUAUUACAUGACUAUGAUACCCGGCUCAUGUCUAUUCACGCCAUGGGUCUUCCUGACGUCUGCCUUGCUAGAGGCGUCAAUAUUGGGGUUCAUCUUCUCAAUCAUCUUCAUUCCCCCCUCUCUCCGCUACUUGGAACGGCUAUGGGGCAGCAUCGAAACUCUCAAGUUCAUCGUCGUCACGAUUGUGUUUUCCAACCUAAUAACCUUUGCGGUAAAUUGGAUUGAGUACCUUUUGUUUGGAAAGCCAGAGCUGUUCCUAUUCGGAAUGAAAUACCAUGGUCAAAUGGCCAUGCACAUCGGAGUCCUCGUCGCUUUCACACAAAUCAUACCCGAGUAUCACGUCCAGGUCAUGGGUGUUCUUCGAGCGCGAGUGAAGACAUUACCCAUGGCAUAUCUUGGACUAUCAACGGUCAUGUGCAUCAUUGGCUUCCAAUGCCCAUGGAUAAUCAUCCAAUUUGGAUGGUUCGUCAGCUGGAUCUACCUUCGCUUCUACAAGAAACACGCAAGUGACAUCAGCGGGACGACAUACGGAGAUCGCAGCGAGACCUUUUCACUUGUGUCUUGGUUCCCUCCAUUUGUCCACUAUCCCCUCUCAAUUCUUGGAGACAAAGUGUACAGCCUCGCGACGCGAUUGCGCCUCAUCCCCAAAUCAUAUGGUGACAUUGAAGCCAAUGGUUAUACUCAAGUUCCCGGAGGUGCCAGAGCGGAAGCCGAGAGAAGACGCGCCCUUGCAUUGAAAGCACUGGACCAACGAGUUGCAAACACGUCCUCGCCCGUGGGCUCCAGUUCCACCAACCCCCGAUCGUAUCAAGCGCCGAAUCUCUCAACGUCGGAGAGCGGUUUGUCCCAAUCUUCCUCUCAAAACGGCAGUACCAGCAGUCAAGAGGUCGACAUUGCCGAAUCCAAGUCCAAGUCCAAGGUGUCCAGUUGA